GAUAACAGCGGAGGAUUCAAACUGAACAUGGCUGCGGGUAAAGAUGUCGAUGAAAACAAACAAAAUAGAAGCAGAGGUGUAGCGUGCAAUAUGGUGAUGAAUCAUGAGGAAUCACCCGGGGGCUCUUGUGCUGACCGACCACAAGUCCUCUUCAGCCCCGACUUUUUUGUGGAGAAACUCCGCCAUGAGAACCCUGAUGUUUUCCUGGAGCUGGUGCUUAGUAACAUUACUCGCCUUAUCGAUCUACCCGGGACGGAGUUUGCACAGCUCCUUGGUGAGGAGGGCCCUAAGACGCCAACAGGUGGAAAUGGAGGCUUCUUUCGCUCUUUCAACUUCCUCAAACGCAAAGAUAAAGGCAUCGUGUUUGGAACCACACUGACAGAGAGCUGCAUUGCCCAGAUCUACCAGCUCAUUGAGUACCUCAGCAAAAAUCUGCACGUAGAGGGUCUGUUUCGGGUGCCGGGGAACAGUGUUCGCCAGCAGACCCUGAAAGAGCUCCUCAACAGCGGGGCCGAAGUCGACCUGAAGUCUGGGGACUUUCACCCCAAUGACGUGGCCACGCUGCUCAAGACUUUCCUGGGAGAGCUGCCCGAGCCCCUGCUCACACACAGACACUUCCACGCACACCUCAAGAUAGCCGAUAUAACUCUGUUUGACGAACACGGCAACAAGACUGCGUUACCCAACAAGGAGCGUCAGAUUGAGGCCCUGCAGCUCCUCUUUCUGCUGUUACCCCAGGCCAACCGCUCACUGCUGAAACUCCUGCUGGACCUGCUCUACCACACUGCCAAGCAUCAGGACAAAAACAAGAUGUCCGCCUUUAACCUGGCCCUCAUGUUUGCCCCGCAUGUCCUUUGGCCCAAACAUAUGACAGCCAGUGACCUGAAAGACAAUCUGAAGAAACUGAACAGCAGCAUGGCCUUCCUCAUCAAACACUCACAGAAACUCUUCAGGGCUCCAGUCUACCUGCGGGAAUACGCCAGAGUGCACUUCACUGGCUCCAAGGCUCUGCAGACCAAGGAUGACCUGGAGCUGCUGGCGGCGAGCAGCUCCCCCGCUCGGCGGGCAGCGGUGACCCUGAAGAGGACGGCCGUUCAGGGCCCCAGCUCUCAGGAACAGUUCCAGUCACCAGCUCAGCAAUACACAGAAGACGCUCUGAAGGAGCUCUUCAGACACGUCAACCACAACAUGCCCGACUCCGCCAAGAAGAAGAAACUCGUCCGACAGUUGGUCAAGCAGACAUCCGCAGACACACCUUCUAAAGAGCAGCACCUGCUUCUCCCAGCUCCCGGCAAGAAACAUCCACGUUCCCGCUCCUUCGGUGGCCUCAUCAAGCGCAAAGCUCGUGGUGAGCAGCUGACAGCAGAACGGCGGCUCAAACACAUCUCCCCUGAGAUUGUCACCAGGACAGAAAGAAAACCUGGGAAAGAGAACGCCAUGUGGCAAGGGGUGAAGAGCCCGUUGAAUGGUCCUGUGUUGGGGAAGGCGGGGCUG